AAACAAAAAAGUCUGCGUGGAUCUCCAGCCGUUUUCAGACACAAAAUUCUUGUAUCGACGAUGAUCCCUAUCUGCUGAAAUUUGGUUCUUGGUCGCUCCUCUACUGUUUUCUUCUAGUUUCUUUGGAUAUUCAUUCGUUGAUUUUGGUUUUGAAGAGCAGAGAGAGAGUUAGAACAAGGAAGGAUUGAGAUAUGGAAAUGGAAGAUGCAACAGAGACUAGGUACUGGUGUCACAUGUGCUCUCGAUCGGUGGUUCCAUUGAUUCAAGACCAAAUCAUCAAUUGCAAUUUCUGUCAAAGUGGAUUCGUUGAACAAAUGGAUAAUGAUGAUCAAGAUUCGGAUCAUCAGGCUGCUGAUUCUCUCUGGGCUCCUAUCUUGAUGGAGAUGAUGAACAAUCAUGACCAACAACAUUCAACGAAUCAGGAAGACGAAGAUGAUGGUGAUCAGAACAAUGAUGGAGAAAUUGAUAUUACUCGGCAACUUGAAGAGAUUAGGAGGAUAAGGACUAGACAUUCAACUGCCAUUGUUAAUCUGCUUCAAGGGAUUCGAGCUGGCUUAUUGAUCGAAUCCGAGACCAAUGAUGAUAAUCCCGAUAAUAGCGAGCUUGUCAUCUUGAUCAACUCCUUUAACCAAAGGAUCAGGGUUCAUCAAGAUUCUGUCGACACGGCUUCUGUUCCUUCUGGAUCUUUGGGUGACUAUUUCAUUGGACCUGGAUUCGAGACGUUACUUCAGCGUUUGGCUGAGAAUGAUCUGAACAACCGGUAUGGGACACCUCCAGCUACAAAAGAAGCGGUUGAGGCCUUGGCCAUGGUGAAAAUCGAAGAGAGUUUGUUGCAAUGUAGUGUCUGUUUGGAUGAUUUUGAGAUUGGAAUGGAGGCUAAAGAGAUGCCUUGUAAGCAUAAGUUUCAUAGUGACUGCUUGUUGCCAUGGCUUGAGCUUCAUAGCUCAUGCCCUGUUUGCAGAUAUCUGCUUCCUACAGCAGAUGAUGAUGAGCCGAAGAAGGAUGCAGACACAUCGAGAAACGAUGAUACCAAUGGCGAUAUCAGUGAUGCUUCUAUGGCGAGCAAUUCAUUGGUUAACUAGACUAAGGCUCACAAUCUGAAGACAGGUUACUUGAACAGAGGAGAAUUGAUGGGAUCGUUUGAGAUCAGUCUUUAGUGUUUAAUGUUAUUUGGUUGCACAUAGUUUCUCAGAUUUGGUGGAAAAUGGAUUAUUUACAUCUUCUUUCUGGUUUGCUUCAAA